AUGUGGCUGGCACUUCUUACGUAUCAACUUGCCACACUUCUUCUCGCCCAAGCUCAAAAUGCCUGCAUUGGACACUCCACAUUCAGAAGUCCAGCUAACUCAGACUUGGAGGUCCUUUGUGGCUCUCAGACAGUGGACUUGCAGGUCCUGCUGUGUCCCAUCUAUUUCAAUGGAUACAACGAGUCACUGCUGGCCCUUAACUCAGAGCACUCCAAACACCAGUGUACAGGGACUCCUGACUGGACGGCGGACCCGCCUGUUGUCAAAUUCAACUUCUCUAUCACAGAGGACGGGAUCGCUUCCUGCUCCAGCAAGCUGACGGUCACUGAGGAGGCCGGAACAGGACUGUUUUCAGAUUUCUCCAACGUACAGUACAUCACCAUCUCAGGCAUGAUCUGCUCUGAGGACCCCAUCACAGCAGCCAUCACCUAUCACCAAGAGGUGAUGUACCAGUUCUCCUGCCGCUACCCACUGCAGUACCUGGUCAACAACACUCAGAUGAGCGUGUCCGGAGUCAACCUGGCAGUCAAAGACAAUAAUGGAAGUUUCAUCAGCACACUGAGCAUGCGACUCUACUCGGACAAUGGCUACUCCUCCACGCUGCAGAUCCCUCCAGGAGGCCUGGAGCUAAAGACCAGGAUCUUUGUAGAAGUGAAGGCAUCCAACCUCACUAACAGAUUCAAUGUGCUCCUAGACCGAUGCUACGCCACAACCUCACUUCACCCCAUCAACACCACAUUUUACGAUCUCUUUGUUGGGUGUAACCGGGAUGGCCAGACAGUCCUGGGAGUCAAUGGAGCGCAGCAGAAAGCCCAAUUCUCCUUUGAGGCUUUCCGCUUUGUCCAAAGCACAGAUGAAAGGCUCUCCACCUACUAUGUACAUUGUGCCACCAGGCUCUGUGUGAACUCCUUCUGCCCCAACCUAAUCCAGAACUGCACCACCGGAACCAACUCCAGGAGGAGUCGCAGCGCCAACGACAACCAGGGCACCACAGUGAGUGACAUGGCUACCGUCAGUUCAGGCCCCAUCAGUACCCGCUCAGAUAACGGUGAGAACAUGAACGGUGUUCAGCCGACUGAUUCGAACAGUACUGUGCUGGCUGUUUCAGUGGUUGCAGGCAUUGUGGGAACCAUCUGCCUUACUCUGGUGGCUUUCUUAGUUUACCAGAAGAACAUCUCCAAUAUCAAUUCCAUCAAGAGGAUUCUGUACCCACAGAAGUGA